CCCAGUCCCAAACUCCCCACUUCUAUUCUCUCCAUUUUCUCCAGCUUACACCAUGGCUGAUGCAUUGUCCCAACAACAGAUCAACGAAUUCCGGCAAGCCUUCUGUCUCAUCGACAAAGAUUCCGAUGGGGUGAUUACUUUGGAAGAACUAGCAACAAUAAUUCAGUCUUUAAAUGUGCAUCCAACUAAGGAAGAGAUUCAAGAAAUGAUAAGAGAGGUUGAUGUUAAUGGAGAUGGGAGCAUAGAUUUUCAAGAGUUUUUGAAUGUCAUGGUCAGAAAGAUUAAGGAAAGCGUAUCAGAAGAGCUCAAAGAAGCAUUCAAAGUAUUUGACCGUGAUCAAGACGGAUUUAUCUCCGCCAAAGAGUUAAGAAAUGUGAUGAUGAAUUUGGGAGAAAGAUUGACAGAAGAGGAGGCUAAACAGAUGAUCAAAGAGGCAGAUGUAGAUGGAGAUGGACUUGUUAGCUAUGAAGAAUUUGUGAGGAUGAUGAUGAUCAUUUCUUAUUGAUAAUAUAUAUAAUAAUUAAUCCAUUAAUUUGUACAUUGACCAUGCAUACUAUGCUAUUACCACCCCAUGAUCAAUAUAAUAUUUUAAUAAUUUUCUUCUUCUUUCUUUUGUUUUGUUUCAGAUGUGUAAUUUGUUCCGAUAUAUGCAAAUUAUAUUUCGUGCGA